AUGCACUGCAGCUGCCUGGCCAGUGGCGUCCCUGCCACCCCUGGCAACUCCUGGAUCUCAGGCGUGGCCUUCCCCGACUGGGCCUACAAAGCCGAGUCCUCCCCCGGCUCCCGGCAGAUCCAGCUGUGGCACUUCAUCCUGGAGCUGCUGCAGAAGGAGGAGUUCCGCCAUGUCAUCGCCUGGCAGCAGGGAGAGUACGGGGAAUUUGUCAUCAAGGAUCCAGAUGAGGUGGCCCGCCUCUGGGGCCGCAGAAAGUGCAAACCACAGAUGAACUAUGACAAGCUCAGCCGGGCCCUCAGAUAUUACUACAAUAAGAGGAUCCUGCACAAGACCAAAGGCAAAAGAUUCACUUACAAGUUCAACUUCAGCAAGCUCAUCGUAGUCAACUAUCCUCUGUGGGAGGUGUGGACACCGCCAUCUCCCCACUUGCUGCUGGGCACCCCUGCCCUGUUUUGGCCAGCGCUGGUGCCCAUGGGCAUGCGCAGUGAGCUCCUGCACAGCAUGGUGUUCACCCAUCCAGCCAUAGCGGAGCAGCUGGCCGGGCAGCGGAGCCCCCGAGGGCACCCAGAGGCCUCUGCAGAUAAGAAGAGGAGCAGCAGCAGGGUCCACCGACUUGGCUCUUUCCCAGCCCCAUGCUGGUUUGGCCCUUGCUGCCAUUUGGGGAACCUCCAAGAUGAGACGCCCGGUUUUGCCCCCUUCAUCCCCCCCCUCCCACCGCCUCACCCCUCUGACUGGACCCGCUUCUCAAGGCCCUUCCUGCCCUCUCUCCCCAUAGAGCAGCAAUUCCCAGGGUCCUCCAAGCCGGACACCUGGCUGUUAGGGCCAGGAUGCCCCCCAGGAGCCCAGCAUCUUCCAGGACUCCCCCUGAUGGCUGAGCUGGGACAGGGGGCUGGUGAGAGGCUCAGGCUCUUGUCCCUUAGGCCCGAGGGGCUGGAGCUAAAGCCUGAUCCCAUGACAGGGGCAAAGGGACACCUGGUUCGCAGGGAGGGCUUCCCCUCAGAAACACAUGGACCCAAAACUGGGGAGGAAAGUCCUGCGUCCCCCAGUCUGGAGAACUUCAAAGGAGUGUGGCCCUUGGACCCUCCCUAA